AUGCUUGUAACACCUGCAGGAAACACAAAAUCGGCGAAGAAGCGUCGGAGCAAUCGAUCGCGAACUGCGUCAGCCUCGCCAAUCGAUUCGACUGAUGGUGGGGUUGACCUCGCGCAGCAAGACAUAGUAUUGACGCCUCCCCACGCUUCUCCGUCGGAGGAUGAUGAAUCGUCGAGCACGCCAUUACAGACUGAUCAAGAGCCCAAAUUCAUCAGUCAUCUCAAUCCAGAAGGCUUUUUUCUCGCCUCAACAAGCCUUGGGGCAUCCGAUGCAGCCAAGCACGGAGACACCUUAGGCUUAUGGAUUUCGCAAGAAGCCAGAAACAGCCUCGACAAUGACUAUCCGCGGCCUGAACCUGUUGGUAACCUGCGCAGUGUCUAUCCAAACAGGUCAAGCACUGAAGUACUGCCAGUUCCGACUUGUUUCAAAGCCUUGCGAGCUAUCUACCUGCGAGAUAUCUACCCCAUAUUUCCAAUCUUGCCUCUGGAGAUAUUGCCAGAUCAGCUCGCUCCGACAUGCUCUCCUGCGGAAGCAGUUCUGGUCCAGGCGCUCUGCAUCGCCCUAGCGACGAAUGAGUCCGCCAGUCCGCACCUCUGUUUACAGCAUGUGAAAGGAGUAUUGGAUCCAAGGGCUUUUGUCAGUCAUCUAUCCCGAGCUAUCUCAGAAACUAUCGAUCGCUUUAAAAUUAGAGAUCAUUUAUUGCUGGCUCGUGUGUUUUCAAUCCUCUCACUGUUUUCCUCAUUCUCAACAGAUGAUCAUACAGCAGCAGAAUAUGGUGCUCGGGCUAUUAGCAACAUACACACCAUGCAGAUCCAGCUCGACACCUCGAACAUACGAAAAGACAAUGCCAUUGUGACUCAGAGUUUUCUCUGUGUGUGGGCUCUUGAUCGACUGAAUUCAGUCUUUCAUUACAGACCAUCUUUGAUGCACACGCGGGACAUUGGAAGAGACAUCACUGCCUCCAUUGCCGAACAGAAAGGAUGUUUUCGUGCUCUACUGAUGAUUUGUGACCGACUCGACAAUAUCGUUAAUCUCUAUCGCCCUGCUCAUCAGCUCAGCAAGCAUGACGGCGCGCUAGAUAUCCCCAGCUUUGACGAAUUGAUCGUCGAAGCCAACGCUGUACAAUCCCCCACCCACUUACUCGGUCUGAGCAUCCCCUAUGAUACAGAUCAUUGA